UCAAUGCCUUUUGAACAGGGUUCUCUCUUCUUUGCAGAAUAUGGCCCCGAGAAGAACGCAGCAGGUGGGGGCGGGGCCGUCCACGGAGCAAGCCUACAUCUCCAAGGUGGUUCUGCUGGGGAGCGCGGCCGUGGGAAAGUCAAGCACAGCCUUCCGCCGUGUGAAAAACGACGUCAGGGAAUCCGUGCCCACUGUGGGAUGUUCUUUCUUCACCCAGCUGGGAUGUUUAGAGACUGCCACGAUCAAGCUUGAGAUCUGGGACACUGCAGGACAGGAGAAGUACCGGGUUUGCCAUCUUUAUUACAGGGGGGCGAGUGCUGCCCUUCUUGUAUUUGACAUAGCCAGAAAGGCAACUUUUGCGAGAGCAAAGCUAUGGUUGAGGGAAUUAGAGAAGGAAUUUCUUCCCGAUGAGCUCGUGAUUGUUUUAGUCGGCAAUAAGAUAGAUCUUGCUGCUCAGCGGGAAUUCACCUUUGAGGAGGCGGAGGAGUUUGCAAAGAGUGAAAGCUUAAUCUACAUGGAAACAUCGGCAAAAUCCAACCACCAAGUGACCGAGGUGCUUAUGGCCAUAGCUCCCGAGUUAUUGAAAUAGGAACAACAGAAGGAACCAGCCCCUCAGCCUCAGCCCUGGAAGAAGUCACGCGUGGACCUGCGAGAGCCAAGCAAUCACACUAAGAAGUGUUGCAUGAACUAAAGGAAAUGGCAGACUGACCUAAGUGUUCGAUUGAAGAACUGUACGAGAGGAGAUAUUGCCCAAUGCAAGGAACCUGAAAAGCGCUGCAAGUCUCCUCUCGCUUGUGUUUGCUCAGUGUUAUCAUUAUACAAGAAUACAGUGCAAAGUAGCUUCACAAAUAAAAACAGCAAAAAGGA